AUGGAUAAGAAUUUUCAAGAAGAGCAGUUUACAGGAAUCAUUAAAUUUACACCUCCUUUGUACAAGCAACGCUACCAGUUUGUUAAAGAUUUAGUGGGGAAAUACAAACCUAAGAAGGUGGCAGAUUUAGGGUGUGCUGACUGCACACUUCUCUGGAUGCUGAAAUUCUGCAGUUGCAUUGAAGUGUUAGCUGGGUUAGAUAUCUGCGCAAGUGUAAUGAAAGAGAAAAUGCAUAGGUUGUCUCCUCUUCCUGCGGAUUAUUUGCAACCAGCUGAAAGAUCCCUAACUGUUACCUUGCAUCAUGGUUCAGUUGCCCAUAAAGAUCCUUGCAUGCUUGGUUUUGACUUGGUAACGUGUAUUGAACUAAUAGAGCACCUGGAAGAAUCAGAACUUAAGUUGUUUCCUGAAGUGGUGUUUGGUUUCAUGGCUCCAAGCAUAGUUGUGAUCAGUACUCCAAAUUCUGAAUUUAACCCUUUGCUUCCAGGAGUGACGUUAUUCAGGGAUCCGGAUCACAAAUUUGAAUGGAACCGAGUGCAAUUUCAAAGCUGGUCUCUAGAAACUGCUAGACGCUAUGAUUACUCAGUGGAAUUUACUGGUGUAGGGCACCCACCAACAGGAAUGGAGAAUGUUGGGUUUUGUACCCAAAUAGGUGUGUUUGUUAGAAAAUAUCCUCAAACCAGUGCAUCUGCUCAGUCUGAGAAACCCACUGAAGCAGUUUACAAAACGGUCUUCAAAGCAGUGUAUCCAAGUCUUAAAGAUGAGAACUACCUGCAGAAUGCAGUGGUCAGUGAAGUUAUUUUCACAGCACAAAUCAUUAAGCAAAGCCUGCUGGACCGUUUCAUGUCAGAACAUGAGUAUAAUGAUGAUACUACUGAGAGAAAAUCCGAAUUACAACCUUCAAUGAACUGUUUUUCAGAAGAUCUUGGAAAACUGGUUGUUGAAAAAAGCAUGGAACCAUUCAUCAAUGGAAAUGUGGUUUAUGUACCUCUUAAAACAAUCUUUUCUUUUCCCAAAGUGAAUCGACUUUGUGGUACCUUUGAGAAGUUAUGCAAACUUAUUGCUGGCAAGGUCACACUAAGCAGUGAUGGUUCUGCUCUAAUGUUCAAUAGUGAACGCGAAAAUGAGAAUUAG